UAUGAUUCGUGGAAUUACAGGAACGUAGAUCCGAAAGGCGAGCUAGAGAAAGCAAAGAAAGCGGAAAGGCUGCAAGCCAGAAGGAACAAACUGAGAAAUUUGUUGAAGGAGGAGGAUGAGUCUUACAAAAGGGAGCUGGAGGAACGGAAAAGAGUAAAAAGUCGCGCGGAGGAGUCGUCUUUGGAGGUUUUGAAGCAAAAAUUGCGAGAGCAGCGCGCGGAGCAGAGCCUGUAUCUACCUAGGUCCUGUCGGAGAUACCAAUCCUAUUUCGUUUAUCCCAAAGACUUGUCCAGUCCGAGUUGGAGCACGCUCAGGGGCACUAAUCUUCAGCAUUCUCGCGCUUGCAGGGAUUCGACGAAUUUUAUUCACCAAACCAGACAAACUUCUCAUCGUGGCAAUUCGAAAAUGAGCGCGGAGAGCGGGACGAGCUUGCAAGAGCAGGAGAACGCAACGCAGCUGGAAGUUCUGCGUCAUCCUUCGUCCAGCAGUGCAACUGGAAGGCCUAGUUCGAGGUAUUCGGCUCGCUAUGCUCGUAGAAGUUUGGAGAAUACUAACGUGAGAUGCGACGACACCGUCGAUUACCCUUCGAGCAGGGUAGCGAGCAAAUCGUCUCUCGUGUUGGGGUCAUCG